GCCGUUCCUACUGCGCCUGCGCGCAGCGGGGAAAGGGGCGGCAAUGGCCGCCGCCGCGGCGGCGGUACGUGUGCCGCGCUCCCCGCCUCCGCGGGUCUCCCUGGGCUCCGCCGCCGACCGGAGUUCCUCCUGUGGCCUCAGGUGUCGUCCGGUGCACCCUCACUCUCCCCUUCGGCCUCUGGGGGCCUUGUGUGUUCUCUCCAGUCCCAUGUGCGGCCUCCUCCGUGCCCUCACGUCGCAGUGCCGGGUCCAGAGGUGUCGGCCGCGAUGGCAGUGACCCCGAAACAUGCAACAUGGCAGCAGCCAUGGAAACUGAACAGCCAGGCCUUGAAAUCUUCGAAACUGCGGGCCGUGAGGAGCAGGUCCAGAGGGAGGAGCAGCCAAAACUGGAACCUUUCUAUGUAGAGAGACAUUCCUGGAGCCAGCUUCGGAAACUGCUCACAGAUACGCGGAAGUAUCAUGGGUACAUGAUGGCAAAAGCCCCUCAUGACUUCAUGUUUGUGAAGAAAAAUGAUCCUGAAGGACCUCAUUCCGAUAGGAUCUACUAUCUGGCAAUGUCCGGGGAGAACAGAGAGAACACGCUCUUCUACUCUGAAAUUCCCAAAACCAUAAACAAAGCUGCUGUCCUGUUGCUUUCCUGGAAGCCACUUUUGGAUCUUUUUCCGGCCAUCCUAGACUAUGGGAUGUACUCUCGUGAAGAAGAGCUGCUACGGGAGAGGAAGAGAAUUGGCACCAUUGGGAUUGCCUCUUAUGAUUACCACCAAGAAAGCGGCACCUUUCUGUUUCAGGCUGGGAGUGGAAUUUAUCACGUAAAAGAUGGAGGCCCUCACGGAUUCACUCAACAGCCUUUAAGACCCAUUCUGGUAGAGACUAGUUGUCCAAAUAUCCGUAUGGAUCCCAAGCUUUGUCCAGCUGAUCCAAAUUGGAUUGCAUUUAUCCAUAGCAAUGACAUCUGGAUAUCUAAUAUAGAAACCAGAGAAGAAAGGAGGCUAACAUUUGUGCACAAUGAACUGGACAAUGUUGAGGAGGAUCCAAAAUCUGCUGGCGUGGCUACUUUUGUGCUGCAGGAGGAGUUUGAUAGAUACACCGGCUACUGGUGGAGCCCAAAGGCACAGCCAACACCGAAUGGGGGUAAAGUUCUUCGAAUUCUUUAUGAAGAAAAUGAUGAGUCAGAGGUGGAAAUUAUUCAUGUCACAUCGCCCAUGCUGGAGACAAGAAAAACAGAUUCCUUCCGGUACCCCAAAACUGGUACAGCAAAUCCAAAGGUCACUUUCAAGAUAUCUGAAGUGACAAUCAAUGCGGAAGGCAGAAUUGCAGAUGUUGUGGAUAAAGAGCUAGUUCAGCCGUUCGAGAUCCUCUUUGAAGGAGUAGAGUACAUUGCUAGAGCUGGGUGGACGCCAGAAGGAAAAUACAUCUGGUCCAUCUUACUGGAUCGCUCCCAAACUCGACUUCAGAUAGUCUUGAUCCCUCCUGCAUUAUUCAUCCCCACAGAAGAUGAUGCAAUGGAAAGACAGAAACUUGUCGAUGCUGUACCAGAUUCUGUUACACCUUUCAUUAUUUAUGAAGAAACAACAGACAUCUGGAUAAAUAUCCAUGAUAUCUUUUAUGUUUUCCCUCAAACCCAUGAAGAUGAGAUAGAGUUCAUUUUUGCCUCUGAGUGUAAAACAGGAUUCCGGCACCUAUACAAAGUUGUCUCAGUUUUGAAGGAGAGCAAGUAUAAACGGUCGUGUGGAGGCCUCCCUGCUCCAAGUGACUUCAAGUGCCCCAUCAAAGAGGAGAUAGCGAUUACCAGUGGAGAAUGGGAAGUGCUUGGCAGACAUGGGUCCAAUAUCUAUGUUGAUGAAGCCAAAAAACUGGUGUACUUUCAAGGCACAAAAGACUCACCCUUAGAGCAUCACUUGUAUGUUGUUAACUACGAGAAUCCUGGAGAAGUAAAGCGGCUGACAGAAUGUGGUUACUCUCAUGCCUGCUGUGUCAGCCAGGAUUGUGACAUGUUCAUCAGCAAGUACAGUAAUCAGAAGAACCCACACUGUGUGUCACUUUACCGGCUGACAGGACCUGAAGAUGGUGCAGCUCAUAGGACAAAGGAAUUCUGGGCUACCAUUCUAGAUUCGGCAGGCCCUCUUCCUGAUUACAUUCCCCCAGAAGUGUUCUCCUUUGAGAGCUCCACCGGGUUUACGCUCUAUGGGAUGAUGUACAAACCUCACAAUCUGCAACCUGGAAAGAAGUACCCCACUGUGCUUUUCAUCUAUGGAGGUCCUCAGGUACAGCUAGUGAACAAUCGGUUUAAAGGAAUCAAGUAUUUCCGUUUGAACACUUUGGCCUCUUUAGGCUAUGUUGUUGUUGUCAUUGACAACAGGGGGUCCUGCCACCGGGGGCUGAAGUUUGAAGGGGCCUUUAAAUACAAAAUGGGACAAAUAGAAAUUGAUGAUCAGGUGGAAGGGCUGCAGUAUUUAGCAUCCCAGUAUGACUUCAUUGAUUUGGAUCGUGUUGGCAUUCAUGGCUGGUCCUAUGGAGGCUACCUCUCUCUUAUGGCUUUAAUGCAGAGGUCAGAUAUUUUCAGGGUUGCCAUUGCCGGAGCACCUGUCACGCUGUGGAUUUUCUAUGACACUGGUUACACAGAGCGCUACAUGGGCCACCCGGAUCACAAUGAGCAGGGGUAUUACCUAGGUUCAGUGGCCAUGCAAGCUGAGAAGUUUCCUUCUGAACCAAACCGUUUGCUGCUGCUACACGGAUUCUUGGAUGAGAAUGUUCACUUUGCACACACUAGUAUUUUGCUCAGCUUUUUAGUGAGAGCUGGGAAACCGUAUGACUUACAGAUCUACCCUCAGGAGAGACACAGUAUAAGGGUACCUGAGUCGGGAGAGCACUAUGAACUCCAUCUACUGUAUUACCUGCAAGAGAAUCUGGGCUCUCAUAUUGCUGCUCUGAAGGCAAUGUGACUGACCUCUACAGAACUCUGCUCCACUGGCUGCUUUACCGAACGAGGAGAUGUAGGAAACUAGAGAAAAUAGAAUGGAACAUUGCAUUUUGGUGCCUGCCACAUGUACACACACACACACACACACACACGGAGAUACUUUUUAAAAUUUGGUGCCAUACAGGAAAUUAAAGUACAGUGACCUAAUAACUUUAAAGCUUAAGAUGUAAAUAAAAUCAAAUGUCUGUGGUAUAAUGCAGUACCAUGGGUGUUAUCUUGGGGGAGGAGCUGAAACUGAAAAUAACAUACUUCUACAGCACCAGAUCUUCACUUUUUAAAAGCAUUAUGGCAUAACUGAUGUAUUUUUACAGUAUGUUCCUUGGUAUAUUAUUACAUAAUACUGGGUAAUUUACUCACUAUGUGCAGCAAGAGUUUACCCAAGUGGUUACGACUUGUAUUACAUUUUAAAUGCUAUCAUACAGCUUUUAUGCUUCAUGAAAGGGAUGUGUCUCACUCCUUAGAAGCUGGUCACAAGUUAGCCACAUCACCUGUCUGUAUGUUAAUUGUUUUUUACGAAGAAAGACUUUUAAGCUGCCUCCUAAAGAAUUUAAAUUUUGGAUUCAGUUCAGUUGAUACCAGGUUCUUUUCAAUGAUUUCUUCUCUCCACAGCAUAAUCAUACUUUUUUUUUUUCCUUUCAGCAACUUGAGAUCCUAUCCUGAUUGUAUUUGAUUUCAGCGGGGAAGCAGAAUGAUAUUUUGUUGUGAUAUGGGCAUAACAAUCUUUUAUUCUGAGAUGCAAACUAACUUAAGUCAAAGAGCUGAAACUCUGUAAAUUUUAAAACAAGCUUAGAAGUGCAGCCCAUUUCUCAUUGACAUUUUACCCUGAUGUUCAUUCUUGAGCUGGUUUUGCAAUACUGUUUUCUUACAGUCACAUCAGCAUGAUAUGGGUAUAUGCAUCCUGUUAAGAUUUGAAAAUUCAGUACUCUAAUUCAAAGGUCUACAGAGGACUUGGUGAGGAGAGACCUUACAAACACUAUAUGUGAGGCAAUAUGAACUGUUUCAUUGAAUUUCCUGCUUUAUUUGAGGGACUAUUUCCCAGGCUUGUACUCUGUUCAGUCCUUCAUUCCUGCGUCCUUUCUAGCACUGCUGUGUAGCAUGAUUAUGAUGCUAUAUUUGAGAAGCCCCCUUCUGUAUAGCUUAAGGUAACCCUGCUAAGCCUAAAGGGUAUGCGAUUCCAGUUGUGUUUUUGCUAGUGAGGUUUGAACUAAGCAGCAGGCUUGGCUAAAAAGCAUUGUAAGUGUGUGAAGUCACUUUUAACUUGCAACAGGUCAUUUAGGAUAGAAAUCCAUAGCAAAAUGAUUCUCUUUAAUCCAGGAAAUUCUCCCCUUGGGGCUUGCCUCUGAGACUCCUAUAAGUUUUAAUGGUUUUGUUAGAAACCUAAGAACUUCCUUUUUUUUCUGUUUUGGUGCUAGGGAGCAGCAGAACAUGAUUUUCUUUUCAUCUGCUAAAAAUCUGGAAUCACUCUCAGUGUUUACGCUCUUAGUACUCCACAUGUUGUAACCUUGUAUUUUUCUUGCUUUUGUACUGUUCAGCUUGAUCCUGAAACGCCACGAUUUAACACCAUCUGGCUGUAUUGUAUCAAACCGCAUUGGUUUACAGUUAGGCUGCUGGUGAUAUGCACCAGAGCUAUCGGAGCUGGUGCAGUUACACGGUUGUAAAAUGUAAGGGUGAGAACAGGAUCUGGUUUUUGGGUUACACAAGAUAGCCAAAGCAAACAGGCAUGCAGUAAAUGCAAAUCUCCUCUGAAGUGGGGAUGUUUGGUUUGGGCUGUUUUAUGGUUUUCAGAUCACAGUGAUUAUAAGUGGAUCAGUUCAGAUACCAUUCGCAGGUCAAUAACAGGCUUACAGUUUUAUUUUGGGAAGGGUAUGGCAGGGAAGGAACCCAGCUCCUAUGUCUUCUCUUAGUAAUUAAUUGUUGUGACUGAAGCGAACGCAGCAUGCCUGUGGAGUGUGCUAUAGGCAGUAUUGAGAGAAGGAUAUGCGUGCUGAUGCAUUUGAACUAGAACAACACGGCAGCGAGUAGAGACAAGUAUAAGCUGUUACGAUGGAAUUCCAUUGUGUUCUUUACGUGUUUAUGCUGUAUUAUAUAUACAUAUAUCUAUAUCUGUUCAUAUAUACAUAUAUGUAUAAAAUUACACGUGGAUAAUACCACCUUUUCCAAGGUUGUUUAUAUUUUGUUCAAUAUUAAAUUAACUUGUUUUGGGGGAGUUUUUGUUCUUUUUCUAGAGGUGAUUACCCUUGAAUGUAAAUGUAUAUGAUUUUUAAGAUGAAAUCGAUCCUUUUGUUUAAAAAACAGAACAAAAAUGGCCUUCAUCAAACAGUGCUUUUUGGGGAACUGAAGAACUAAAUGUUAUGCAAGUAAACCAGGCUAGGUUUUGAUUUAGCCCAGGAUGUGAUUUGUAAGUGCUGACAAAACUUUUUAAUAAUGCAUCCUUCCAUUGUUUUAAACACAUAUAUCGAAAAGCUAUUAAAGUACAAUGUACUGUAAGUACUCUAUUUUGCAAUGUAAAUUAUGUAUUUCUUUCCUACUUUUUUUUUUUAUUUUUGCAGUAGUUAAGCACUUUAAGACCCCCAUGCUCUCUUAUCCUGUGGAAAUGCUGGGAGGAUUUACCAUCAGAGUUUUGUAGUUCUUGCGAAAGAUGCCUCCUUGUAGGUGAAGGUGUGAGAGAUGCCUUAUAUGAGGUCUGAUCCAGCCCUACCCAGUCAAGGACUAAAUUCCCAGUGACAAGGGAAGAAGGGCAAAGCCCAUUGCUAUUGAGACUGCGGAGGUAGGAAGGUGUUAGUGCUGAAGACUGUUGCAUCAGGUUUUUUGGGGGGAGCAGUAGUCCUGCACCUUGUGUGGCGAAGUGUUGGUCCAGAGCUGGCAUGGAGAGUGGUGGCUUUGCCCUGCUCUGUGCUGCUGGAGUCGGCUGCUCCAGGAUGAGGUUGUACCUUAUAGUCCAGGAGAUGGUAUUGCCACUCAAGAAGAGGUUUCCAGCCUGUCUGCGAUUUGGGAUUAUACUUUGUCACUUCCUGCUUGUUAAAAUAUUGUCUUGUUUAAUGUGAGUUUUAAGUAGAACUAGUGAGAUCUGAUGGGAGCAAAAACAUUUGAGGAGGAACCACCCCUGUGACUCCCAAACCAGACCUUAGUGUGUCCCUUUGGAGGAUCUUCUGCCUUCAGCAGAGGUCUCCUCUGUGCCCAGCAGGACACCUGCUCUGAGCAGGAGCAGGAUUGAGCCUUCAUUGCAUGGUGGAAAUGACUUGCACAGGUGUCUUUGAGAUGAAUGUUUUAAUUUCAUAUAUUUUUAAAAAUAUAUGUGAAAUAUGGGGAUCUGAGCGAUGAGACACUGAAGUUGUUGAGUGUUGAUGCCAGCAGUUUCUUUUUGUUUGUUGUGGUUGUUUCUGGUGAAAGCAUGUUCUUUCUCCCCAUUUUAAGGCAGCUUCCAGUAAUUUCUCUGGAGUGUGCAGUGUGCAAAGCUGUUGGGUUUCACUCUUCGCAUUGGUGUUGCACACCCUACCCCACCCCUUUGUUUUCAGUUAUCUCCUUUUAUUCAGAACAAAGUAGUAUUAGUAUCUACCCAGAACUGCUUGAUUUUUGUAAACUCAGUUAACUUGUUUGUUAAUGAAAUAAUGAGUUCAAGCUUUGAAAACCAACUAUUAUAUUAGAAUGGAAAAUGCAUUCCCUACUUACUAGUGCCAUUUGGGAAUAGGCUAUGGAAGUACUUUCUGAGCGGGAUGGUGUAGUAAUGCUUUAACCCUGGAGCACUGUACGUCAGAGCCUGUGUGGUGAAUUACAGAGAACUCACAAACUCUGAGCCCAGGGGUCCCAACCCUUAGUCCCUACCAGGAAGAGUGGGUUGUGUUUCUGCUGUGUGUGUCUGUGUGUAAGGCAGGCUGUUUUGCUGCUGGUGUGACGCUUAACUUUUGACGAGGCAAUAAUAGAGUAUAAAUAAAUGAAAUAAUCAGCCAGAUUAGGACACUGCCUUGAAUUGCCUGUUUACUUGAGUACCAGAACCCUGUAAAGACUUUUUGUGCACCCCUCACGGUUCUCCGGGCCACUCCUUUGGAAGGGGAAGAGACAUCUUCAUGCGGUUUUUACUUGGAUGUUCUGCACAGUAGAAGUUCAGGUGUUUAAUUUUAGAACAUGAAGUGCCUGCUGUUUGCGUUAACAAAAUUGCAUGUUUCACUUCAGUGGGUUUAUUGGUCUCCCUCCCUCCCCCACCUUUCUAGCUACAUGGCUUUUAAUCAUGUAAAGUGGAGACAUUAGUUUUGCUGCGUUUUAUUACAAAACCUUUGUUGCAAUAAAGAUGCUGCUAAAUAAAUUGAA